AGCCAGCUGCCGCGGUCGCCAAGCCUACGGAACCUGUUGCCGCAUGAACACUUUUGACGAUGAUCGAUCACCUCUUCCGAAUACAAGUUGCUUCCGUUCGCAAGAGCAUAUCAUGAUGGAGCGGGGAGUUCGUAAUGGCAGGUGGUUGGUUGUAAUGAAGCAUCGAACAGGAUAUUACAUCUGGUUUUGAUAUUCAUGCGAUGGCGGAGGUUUCUUACUUUCUCACAAUACCCCUUUGACGAUACAUGGAUCAACUUGAAUGGCUGGUUAUGUUGCCUUCAUUGAUGGACGGACGAUACCCUGAUACCCUUUGCGUUGGCUGGCUUAGUCUACAAUUGAUCCUUCUAUUUGCGUUUCGCUUCCGUGGCUGGUUUUCUGUGACUUGCGUCCCUCUCUCCAGGAAGCCCACAGUAUCGAAAGCCAAAUCGAUCUUCAAUUUUCUGCUCCUCCUGUGUGUUGGAAUUAUGGGAAUAUGACCAUGUGAGACGAGGUGUCACUAUCGUGCAAUGG